CACCGCCCGGGUCCACGGCCUGUUCCUGCGCCUUCAAAUGCCGUCCUCGUUGCUACCCAAGCUCAAUGGCUCUUCACCGAUGAGGAGCUCACACGAACGCCGUCACAGCUCGAUGGUAUGAAGAUGGAGGCGGAAAAUACCUCCCGCAGCAAGGGCGUAAAUUUCAUCUCCCAGGUGGGGAUCAUGCUCAAACUGCCGCAACUCACGCUUGCGACGGCCGCCGUCUACCUCCAUCGUUUUUUUAUGCGAUACAGUAUGGUCGAUCUACCGCAACGACCCGGAAUGCACCCCUACCCCAUCGCUGCUACGGCCUUGUUCCUGGCUACAAAGGUUGAUGAAAACGUGCGGAGGAUGAAGGAGCUUGUGGUUGCUUGCUGUCGGGUCGCUCAGAAGCAGCCGAAUCUGGUGGUUGAUGAGCAGUCCAAAGAGUUCUGGAAAUGGCGCGACACGAUCCUCGUCAACGAGGAUACCCUACUGGAGGCGCUGUGCUUCGACCUGCAGCUGGAAGAGCCGUAUCGCAUCCUCUACGAAUUCCUGCUGUUCUUCAACGUGGCCGAUAACAAACAGAUGCGCAAUGCGUCAUGGGCUUUCGUCAACGACUCGAUGUUUACCGUCCUCUGCUUACAGUUUACCGCUCGCAACAUCGCCGCCGCCGCCCUGUACGCCGCCGCCAAGCACUGCGACGUCGGAUUCGAAGACGACGAACUCGGUCGGCCCUGGUGGGAGCAAAUCGAUGUGGACAUCAACGAGGUGCGUCGUACGGUCACGAGAAUGGCACAUUUAUAUGAAAACAAUGCCCUGCAAAGAAACACGUACUAUCUGUCCGCCCCCACCGCAUCAGACGAGGGUACUGAGAAGACCAGGAUCCCGCGCGCGGGCGGUACGACGGAGCCCGCGCCAGGAGCAGACCCCGUCAACGGGCGUAAGCGGUCCAGGGAGCUCGAAGAGCAGACUCACGACCGCAACCUGCACGAAUCGACUACAUCGCGCGACCACGAGCCAAAUAGACAGAAUGGUACACGGUCGCCGAAGCGACAGCGGAGGGAAUCGGAAGGCGUGGUGGCCGAAAGAGGCCUUGCGCAUGAAUCCUCGACUGUCCCCCACUCUAACGGAGGGCCACCGGCAUCUCAAGACCGACACCACGGCAACAAUCACGUCUCUGCGGGACAACUCCCGCCGCCUCCCCAUCACUCAAAACCACGCCAUCCGCAUCCCCUGCCCCCUGCCCCUCGACCGUUUCCUCGCCGUGAUAGCGCCAGCCGGGGGAGUAAGCCGGGGCAACCGGUGGAUCCGAUCCAGCAACGGAUCGACGAGAUUGUACAACAGAACAUGUCCUCCCACGGGUCUCCGGGCUCUGCUCGACCUGAGCGACGGCCAAUCGACCGUCAUCGCAGCGACUGGGACGUAGAAUCAGACGAGCGCAGACGACGCCCGUCUGCUGGUGGCAGGAAGCCAUCCUACGAAGAACAAUCGAACCACUCCCGUGCGCCACCUCCGCCUGCUCCUCCACCUCCGCCUCCGCCACCUCCUCCAGAAGAAGCCCGGCCACCGUCACCGGCACCAACGAAAGCCGUUGAGAAUUAUGAUGAGGGUGGAGGAAGUGAAGAGGGCGAGCUUUGA